UCAUUUAUAAAUUUUAAAUUUGUCAAUUCUAUAUAUUUUAUAUCUUAACUAUAUAAACUCACCCUUAUCCUAGUGUAAGUAGUAAAUACCAAUAAGUGUAUUUUGCGUUAUAUUAGGUUCAUUUCCAUUUGUUAACUCUUUCUGAACCAAAUUAAAAACUACAAAGAGCCAAAAAAUACCUUAAUCCAAAACAAAAAAUGCAGUAUUGGUAGCAACAAUAUAAUGAAAACAGUCAAUCAAUGUAGAUUGAUCCGAAAUUUGGUUCAAAUCCAAUUCCAUUCUAAGGGCAUGUAGUUGGUUAAACCAAUGCAUGUUUAAUUAGGCUUAGAUAUACUUUAGGAAUCACUUUAGGAAUGUAUCUUAAGUGAUUUCUUUUACUCUUAUGGAGGGUGAUUUGAACUUUGAUCAAUGUUCAAGAAAGUGGGAUAAUAAUAUAAAAGGGGCCACUUCAUGGUCUUUGCUUUUUCGGAUUGGAAGACAAGACUUAAAUCAAUAGUUCUGAUCUUAUAAAUUUAUUGUUACUAAAUAUAGAAAAUUCCUUUUCUGCUACAUAUAUUAUGGACCACUAACAUAUUUACGUGGCCAACAAUUCUAGUUACCAAUGUAAUAGCGGGAUCUCCUUCAAUUCUGAAACAACAAACUAAUUUUGAAAAAACGCAGGCAGUGGUAAAGACUUUACCUUUUAAGUUUUUGUAAUACGCAGGAGACGGAUAACUUCUCAAACUUGACAAUGGGCCUUGAUUAAAUUGGCCUACAAAUUUGCCUAUUGCUGUCCUUUACACAUAAUGGAUUUUGAAACUGUAUUGUUUCGUCCAACGAUCAAAUUGACGCUGAGAGGAGAGUUGAAAUUGGACUUAAGUUGGUUAGCUGCUUUAUCAUGGCCAUGAAGUAUUGAAAUUAGUUUAUGCUGUUGCACAAAAAAUAUAUAUUAGUUGAUGCUAUAAAAGUAUAAAACAAUAAACAUGUUGUUGAAGUUGGUUCAGUUAUUGGAUUAAACGGCUGAAAGCGAAGAAUAAGCAGCACAAUGGAAAGAUUACUAGUUGAGAAUAUACUCUAUUACAUCAACCACUGAAGUUGAAGUGAUUGAUCUGAUGACUCCCUCAGCGAGCUGCAGAGGUUGAUCGUCUAUGAGACUUUGAAGAGGCCAAGAGUUUCUGAGUUUACAGACUUGACAAGGUCUCUUUUUUUUUUUUUUUUUUUUUUUAAUUUCAUAAAGUUGUAAGAUAAUAUUCCCGUCCUUAGCCAAGCAAACACUGUCCGCAGGCCCUCCAAAUAUUUGAAAAAAAUUACAUAUACUUAGACCUCCAAAACAUAAUUUUCAGGACUCUAAAAAAAAUUAGUUGAAAUCUUUAUUAAUUCGCCUAUAGCCCUCUAAAUCUUAGGGCCGAACAUAAUAACAGAAAAUUCAAACCUCAUUAUAGUUAUAAACCUGAGUAACAGGAGGUGUGGAGUUGGAUGGUUCCACAAUUCUACACCAAUUUUUGAUUAUGCAACUCAUAGAUUUGGAAACAAUGUACGGAAGGAAUCACUUAUGGCCGGCUUAGCGUGGACAGCCUCAAAUGAGACAGGGACGACCAUACUUCAAGGCACUGCAACGGAAGAUUGCGUCAGUUCAGCUCUACUGGCGGAAGGAUUAGCUAUACGAGAGGCCAUGCUGCAAGCCCAAGCACAUAGACUCUCCAACAUCAUCAUCAAGUCAGACGCUCAGAUCAUCAUCCGAGCUAUCAACAAACGAGAAUCAAUCAAGGAAAUUUGUGGAAUCCUCCAGGAUAUCCACAGCUUAUCUUGUGACCUCGAUGUAUUUUCCUUUAAUUUCAUUCCUCGCACUGAAAACAGAAUAGCCGAUGCACUGGCUAAGAGUGCUCUGCUUAACUGCGCCACAUUGUAGUCCUCUUAAUUUCCUACUUUAAUGCAUUUGCCGUUCAAAAAAAAAAGGAAACAAUGUAGCCAUUCAUUCAAUCUAGAUGACUACUACUAAGGGUCCAAUGCGUUUGAGAAGUUAUACAUAUCUGAUACAAAGUUCCACUAUUUUGUGAAGCUUUCAAAUAAAUAUACAUUCAGAAAGGAAUAAUAGUAUUCCGAUUUUCGAGUGUGAAAUUGAUGGGAUCCUGUGUGCCCAUGUUCUCGAUCUUGACUAUAUUUUGUGUGCAGUCAUGCAUGUUAAUAAGACCUGGUGAGACUUGGAAAAAAAAAACGAAUCAUACGAACUAUAAUUUUGUAAUUACGGUCAAUAAUUUAAACUAUGAUCUACGAACUGGUUAACGCAUUUAAUUUGGGUUCUUAGACGGAAACAUCCUCCACGUGCAGCCACAUGUCAAUAUGUUGUGUAAUUCAUUCUUCUUUUGUAACCACUUUUCUUAUGUACAUAUCUAUCGUAUAAGAUUUUCCUUUGUACAGUUUGACAUAUAGCAUAAAGCACGUGGAGAGGUUUGACAAAAGAAAAUUUAUGGAAUAUGGUUUGGUUUCUCAAUACAUUAACCGCUGGCUUACACGUCUGUGAAUUGUUUACUACUGGUUCGGUUAAUCGGUUUGCUUCGGAUUUGGUCGAAUCGGUACGGUUCAUCCGGAUUGUAGGACUCUAGUGCUUGGCUCCAUAUUAAGUUGAGCCAAAGUGCAAGGAUCGAUACAAGCGGCAUAUUAAUUUUUAUUUUCUUUCUGCAACUAACUUUCUUUAUAUAUAAGUUAAUUAAUAACAAACCACAAACUCUAAAGUUUAUAAAAAUAAUUAUGAAUUGUUUUGAUCGUUGGGCAUUGAACUUAUUGGAACUGAAAUGGAUUAAAUAUCUUAUAAUCAGAAUAUGAAUAUUAGGGAAAUUGCACCCUAUAUACAUGAAAAAAACUUAAAUACACUAACUAACCAAAAUUCCCUCCUCUCUCCUACUUUCUCUUCCUAUCUCUCUCUAUUCUCUCUCUCAAAAUCUAAUUUUCAUUUUUUUUUUGGUUAUUUGGCAAAUAAGCCCAUAAAAUUAAGUUUCCUUGUUAAGGUCUUCGGCCGUAUAUCUUCCAGUAUUUGUUCAUACAUAUGAUGGAUAAUAAAUAAUAAUAUUUUGCAAAUCUCGAGCAUACUCAAAAUUUAAUAAAGUAAUAUCUUAGCGUACAAGAGUAAGACCAUUAAAGUUUUUUAAUCGCCGAGAUGAUAUAUGUCUAUAAUUCUAUAGUUAUAAAAUUUAAAUUAAAGAAAGACUAUUAAUAUAAUCCACCAUAAUGACUCUCCUAAUUUUUAUUAAGAAGCUCUAUUUCCUCCAUUUCUUCUCUUCUUUUUCACGUCUCCUCUUUCAUUGAUGCUCUCAGGAACAAGCUUAUAACUAACAUCCUUGGAUGUCCAGAGACAGAGAAAGAUUUAGCGAGUACCACGAGAUCGUGAAGAAGGUAAAGAAAGAUCCAACCUUCGAAAAGACGACGGAUCAUGCUGUGAUGGGAAUCAGGAGACAUGUGGCGGUGCCUCCAGGGACAACGUUGAACACCGUGACUCCAUGCGCCGCUUGUAAGCUCCUCCGCCGUCGUUGCGCGGAGGAGUGUCCUUUCUCGCCAUACUUCUCGCCUCACGAACCUCACAAGUUCGCCGCCGUUCAUAAAGUCUUCGGCGCCAGUAACGUCUCCAAAAUGCUUUUGGAAGUUGGAGAAAGUCAGAGAGGAGACGCAGCAAACAGUUUAGUCUACGAAGCCAACUUAAGACUGAGAGAUCCAAUAUACGGUUGCAUGGGCGCAAUCUCCGCUCUUCAGCACCACAUUCAAUCUCUCCAAUCGGAACUCACCACAGUCCGUACAGAAAUCCUCCGCCACAAAUACCGAGAAGCCGCCACAAUCACUUCCUUACAAAACAACAACAACAACAACUUCAACAAUACUACAACAUCAGUGUCUGAUCAUGCUGCUCUCGCUGCGUCCAUUCUGCUCCCACCUCCACCGCCACCGCCUCCUCCCCCACGACCACCAAGGCUGUUGUCUUCUCAGCCAGCUCCACCGCCUACGCCACCGGCUUCUUUACCGUCUCCGUCGAUGGUGGUGUCUUCUUCGUCUUCUAAUUCAUCUGCUACCAAUUCUAUAUAUAAUCCUCCUCCGUCUUCGACGGCUGGAUACAGUAAUUCUCUGUCCAGUGAUAACAAUGUUCAUUACUUCGAUUAAAUCAGAAUUGUGUUCUUGAUUCUGCUUUCUUGGAUGCUAUUGUUUUACCCCUUAUAAGCUAGACACUUGAAUGUUGGUCCAUGA